AUGACGGUCUCGAAGAACCCAGGGAGCAACAGCAGCAGCAGCAGCAGCACACGCCCCAGCAAACCAGUCUCAAAAACCACCACCGCAUAUCUGUUACUCUACAAUGCCCUCUCCUUCGCUCUGUGGACUACGAUAACCGUCCGCCUUAUCUCCCUCCUCACCCUUCUCACCCCAACCGACAAUGUAGCGCAUAUAUUUGAUACUCUUUUCCCUCUCCUCCACUUCGCCCAGUCCCUCGCGCUUCUGGAAAUCCUGCACUCAGCGGUGGGACUCGUGCGCGCUUCUGUCGUCACGACCACGUUGCAGGUGGCCAGUCGUAUCCUGGUUGUGUGGGGGGUUUUGUAUCUUUUCUCUGUAGAGAGGAUUGGACGGCAGAAGGGGGUUGUGGGUGCUGGUAAUGCUGCUGGUGCUAAUGAUGUGACGAAAUUGGGCGAUUGGGCGUUUGUUGGCUGUGUGGCUGCUUGGGGAGUUACGGAGUGUAUUCGAUAUGGCUUUUUUACAUUGCAGUUUUGCGGUGCUGCGGUGCCGCGGUGGGUGAUAUGGUUGAGGUAUAAUACCUUCUUCAUUCUCUAUCCUAUAGGGAUCUCGAGCGAGUGCUGCUUAAUUUACAAAGUCAUUACGCCGGCAGGGGAUAUCCAUCCAGCUUUGGCCUGGUUCUUUAUAUCAACUCUGGUUAUCUAUGUUCCUGGUUCGUACAUUUUGUAUACGCAUAUGAUGUCUCAGAGAAGGAAGGUGAUAAGAGCCGCCAAGCAGGCGGAUUGA